CCACCGACACUCACCCAACCCCCUCGUGCCGCCGUCACCACCACCACAACCACAUCCUCCUCCCUCCCCUACGCUCUCCACACCGCCCCUUCCCCUCCCUCCCUCCCCGAAGGAAACAUGACUCUCUCUACUCGAGGCUAAUUCACACGACCCGAGAGCUCUCCCUCCACUCCAGUGUCUCGCUGGGAACCUCUCUGUGAGCUGCCUCAAUCCAAGACUUUGCACUUCACAAUAGAGAGAGAGACACACACACACACAGACACUGACACACGCAUACACGUUGACACACAGACACACGCAAGGCACACUUUUGAUUCAGCUGAAAGUGGCUUCGCGAGUGCCGUGUUUGGUUCCACUUCUGGCCGGCGCGAGCCACGUUGAGCGAGAGGAGGAAGCCGCGGGCUGACACUCUCACGGUCUCCGGCUCUCGCUCGCUUGCUCCUGCUGCUGCUCCUGCUGCUGCUGCUCUUGCUGCUGCUCUUCAACGCAGAGAGAGCAGCAGAGGACGCACGUGGAGUGCAAGAGAGCGAGACGCAGGGAGAUCGGUAUCGGGAGUGGUGAGAAGUCUGCUGCUGCUGGGCAAUAUGGGUCCACACGUUCUUCGCGUCCUGGGACUACUAGUGUUGUCGCUGGCGCUGAGCGCCGCAUGCAACACCACGGGUAUGAUCAUCGCCAUGGACGAGUUCUGCCUCCCCGAGUUCGAGUUCGAGCUGCGCAACUUGAGUAGCUUCGAGCGCUGCAACUGGUCUCUGAUAUACAGCCACUACGAGUCCCUGUCGCACUGCACGCAGAAGGCCGCGUCGUGGCAGCAUUGCUUCUGGCCCAAUCACGAGGUGGACAGCUUCUUCGUGGAGGUCCACCGCCAGCAGCUGUCGGGCUGCGUGACGGAGUCGAGCUCUCUGCGCGACCCGCCCGAGGAGAUCCUCGCGCUCUUCAUCUCGGUGCCCAUGGUCCUCACCACGGUGGCCGCAGGCCUCGUCGUGUGGUGCAGCAAGCGCAGCGAGGGCGGUGACUGAGCAGCGGGAGGAGGAUGAUGGGGCGGAGGAGCAGGAGGGGAUGCUGCUGCUGCUGCUGGGGAUGGGGUUGUGAGUGGGACAGGAGGUGCGCUCAGCACGCGAGAGAUGAAGAGAGGGGAUGGGAUGGCGGGGGGUGGGGGGUCGUGGUUUGCUGCGAGGCGAAACCCGGGUUGGACAUCGGUGCAGGAAGACAUCGCAGCAUUGGGCACUUUUCUGCGGAGGUUCCACGUUGGACUAACUCGUGCCCUUCUCCACUGAUCACUACAAUGCUGAUGCUGUGUAAUGCGUUGUGUUUUUUUCAUGAAUAUGAUCACGACGGUGACGGUGAUGAUGCUGAUGAUGAUACACUCUGGGGGCCAGACCGGGACCAUAGUGAGCCUUACUCGGCAAGGCCCUUUAUAUAUCGACGGCUGCGAUCGGCAAUGACCUACGGACCCAGGGGGCUGCACCCCCCCCCCCCCCCAGUGGAGUUCACGUGGCACGUGGGGAGGAGGGCAAGGAAGAUGAACACGCGGUCCGGGACUGUUCGAGUCUCGUGACCAAAGUGGGCCGUUGCCACGGUCAAAUGGACGCUUCCGCUUAUAUAUAACUGUUCGGACAAAACAUUUUUUUUCUAUAAAUUGCGACAGGAAGUAUUGCAACGAUGUUGUGGAUGGAAACGGUGAAGUGGUGACGGUUUAAUUUUUGCUUUAAAAAUAAGAAUGACGAUGAUGAUGGGGACGAAAGAAACGGUAAUCAUGAAAGAGUGUUUUGUUAUUUUACGUGCCAUACUUUGAUGGAGAAGCCACGUUUCAAAUUAACUUAUACAAAGACAACAAGGAUCAUGGGAUUCUAGAACACCGCUUGCCCAUGUGGAGCGCCGCGGUGGCGAGAUGUUAACUACCUUGCCUGGUAUACAGGAGGUCGUAGGUUCGAUCCCAACCUUGACGCCUGUAUAUUUGGAGUUUGCGUGUUCUCCCCGUGGUUGUGUGCAUUUUUCUCUAGGUCCUCCGGCUUUCCUCCCCCACAUAUGUUAUUGUAACUUUCUGACCCGUCCCUACUGGACAUAUGUAUAAAAUAGCUCCACAGCUCAUAGAUUUAUCCAGUAUAAAUAAAGAAAAAUUCUGAUUAUGAAACAUCAUGCGUUUAGAGUAUUUGGCUGCUAUAAAGUUGCACGUGAUAAGUCACUUCGUUGAGCUAUCGUUUGUGAUAGCCAAGUCGCUUCGGACAAAGAGCUGCAUAGCUCAGUGGACCUUACCCGAUAAAAUAAAAAAAUAGUUUAGAGUCGUUCCUUCCCGACUUGCCGUGAGCGGCCGCAGUGCACCCACCCAGUGCGUCCAUCAUUCGGGUGGCGUUCACCUCGAGACGCCGCCGGAGAGAAGUCGGAGCGAGCGGACACGCCAACGGGAGCCGCUACAGCCGUGCGCCGCGUGCUGUGUCAACGACGCUGGCUCGAUCGUGACUUUAAGUGCCGCGUGCCAGACCACGUGCGCUCAUUUAACGCGCGUUCUCGCCGUGCUCUAACGAACGAAUGCCAAAGAGAUGUUUUAUAAUGCGGCUCUUCUCUUUAGCCCACAAUUUUUGCGUUUUAUUUUCCCUCCCCCCCCCUCCCCCACCAAUUUCAUUCCAAUUUUGACCGCCGGUGUCAUGGGACGAAACAUUUUUUCAUUCGGAAUUCUCUCCCCUUCCCCACCGUGAGUUAGAGAACAGCAUACGGAGGGAGGUACCGCAGAUCUACUUCUGAAAUUCAUGCCAGUGGUUUAUCGCCCGCACUUGGGGCGCUGUUCUUUCCCAUUGUGUCCUUGUACUGUACGUAUAUGUCUGCGCACCGUAUGUAGAACUUCUUUCGCACCGUACGUAGCCGACCGUCGAUAAUCAGAGGUGUGGGGCAAGGGAAACAAACUUAACACAAAAAGCGGUUCUAAAGAAACGAGUGUUCUUUGCCGUCGAGAUGAUUGCCACGUGGAAAUCAGAACUGGGUUUUCUUUUUGGCAUGUUCAAUGUAAAAAACAGAUUUAAUAUUACGUUUUUAAAAAAGAUAUAGUCUCUUUUUUUUAGUCGAGCCGUUGCCUGCGCUCUCUUUCACUUGAGAACCAGAACCAGGUUUCACUUGAGAACCAGGUUUCACCUGAGAACCAAAACCAGGUUUUACUGGAGAACCACGUUUCACUUGAGAGCCACGUUUCACUUGAGAACCAGGUUUCAUCGCAGUCGGCUGAACCCAGAGGUUCUCAGCAGUGCCACCGCAGUGAUUUCUCGCCUGAGCCACCCAGCCACCUCUCUAAUAAUUACAUUCAUAAAAUCAAUCAAGAUCAAUUAAUAUUAACGUGAAUUACUUAAGCAAAUGAGAAUCCAUCGACACGUAUUGCCUUAUCCCGUUGCUCAGGAUAAUCCGGAUGGCUCGUUUAAGUCGUUGGAGGUGAUUUCAGCACUUUUUUUGCGAUUCGGAACCGUAGAAACCGACCCACAAUGAGCCCGCACUUCGAACGACCGUGUCACGGAGCCUUUAAGAUCGUCCAUUUUAAUGCAAACAUGGAGCACUUUGGUAAUUCCUCGUUAGGAAUCCACGGGUGGCUUUGGGAAUCGAGCCAUUGAUUUGCUCCGUGCAAAUUGUCUCGUCGCUACGGUCCAUCCCAUCUGCUCAUUACGGUCGAACAACGAGGGUGGAAUGGAUCCCGUUGGCUUUGGGGCGAUAGCUCGUGCCAAUCAACACGGGGGCCUGCAACGUGUCAACAAUGUUGGGUCUUGAGGCUAAGCACUAUUAACUAGGGACCAUUCAGGGCCACGUAACCCCUUUGGGGUGAGCAGGGGAGGUCCUUGUUGUGAGCACGAAAUAUUCUCACCAAGGAUGCAUAUGUAUCUGCUUUAAGUGUGAGAUGGAGAGGCCUUUGAGAAAAGCAGGCAUUAAUAAUACAAUGAUUACUGGCAGAUGUUUAUCAAUAUGCUGCUGUUUGGGCAGUGUGGAUUGGCUUGGUGGGAGGGCUAGGGGGGUUGGUGGGGAGAGUGGUGGGGAGAAUGGUGGGGGGCGAGGGGGGUGAGAAUCUGUUUAGAUAAAUCUGAAGAAUCUGUUUAGAUUUGCCACUGAUAUUAGCCGUGGCCAGGAAUCUAACUCAGGUUGCCGAGUCGGUUCAUAGCGCAGUGCGCUAGCCACUGCAUAACCCCCCCUCUCCACCCUAAGCAGGAAUUGUGGAUGCGAUAAUUGAUUCCGAAUGUUGUUGUGAUUUUAUGGAUUGUCACGAUUCGAGGUCACGAUUCGGGAUCGCGAUUCGAUUCUCAACAUUUAUUGUUAUUUCGUCGUAUUGUACCGUCUCGCUUCUGUUGUUUAUUGGCUGUUCCAGUUGUCUAAAUGUAACGUUUGAGUACACCGUUUCGUACGCAUCGUAAAUAAUGGGUUGUAGCAUGCACACUGCGAUGCGAGUGAGUUUUAGGAAUGGAUUUUAAUAAUCAGAUCGUGACGUUCCUGCGA